GGAGGGGAGCCCACGCAGGCUGCUACAGCAGCCCGAGCAGCUGUCCGAGCUCGGGGACGGCCUCUGGGAGAGCAGAGACGAGCUCGAAAGUUCCGAGGAGCGGGGGGAGCAGUACUGGGAGAGCUGCGGGCACCUCAGAGGGGAGGCAGAGGUCCUGGGAGUGGCCCCGGCACGCCGCAAGAGACUCGAAGUGGUGGGGAGGGCCCGGCCAGUGGGGCCCCAGGGCCCUGAGGGAGAGGGGCGCCUGGGGGUGCAGGAAGCAAAUUGGCUGCCCGGGGUGCAGGAAGGGCAGGUUGUGCGGGCUGUCCAGGAAACAUACCUGGACGGGAAAGGGUCCCAGGAGGGAGACGGACCCCUGGAGGGACACAGGAUCCGGAGGCGCAGGCGGAGGAGGAGGUGGUAACUCACAGGCCGGCUGCUCAGCAUCAGCAUCGGGCCGAGCCAGGGCCGUGGUGAGAGCAGAAUGUAGGGGUUUGGGGAGUGGGGGGCAGAAGAGCGCCGUGAACCUGGGAGCGUUGGAAACCACUGCCCAAUAGCAGGCAGUGUCCUGCUGGGUCCUUUUCUGCCGCCUCAGCCGGGACAUCAUAGAAGCUUUGUCUGCAGAGAGCCAGUGGAAGGCAGCAGAGGCUGGGGAGCAGCAGCAUGCAGCCGGAGGAGGGCACAGGCUGGCUGCUGGAGCUGCUGUCCGAGGUGCAGCUGCAGCAGUAUUUCCUGCGGCUCCGCGACGACCUCAACGUUACCCGCCUGUCCCACUUUGAGUAUGUCAAGAAUGAGGACCUGGAGAAGAUUGGCAUGGGCCGGCCUGGCCAGCGGCGGCUGUGGGAGGCUGUGAAGAGGAGGAAGGCCAUGUGCAAACGCAAGUCCUGGAUGAGCAAGGUGUUCAGUGGAAAGCGGCUGGAGGCUGAGUUCCCCCCUCAUCACUCUCAGAGCACCUUCCGGAAGACCUCACCCACCCCCGGAGGCCCAGCAGCAGAGGGGUCCCUGCAGAGCCUCACCUGCCUCAUUGGGGAGAAGGACCUGCAUCUCUUUGAGAAGCUGGGAGAUGGCUCCUUUGGCGUGGUGCGCAGGGGCGAGUGGGACGCCCCCUCGGGGAAGACGGUGAGUGUGGCUGUGAAGUGCCUGAAGCCUGAUGUGCUGAGCCAGCCAGAGGCCAUGGAUGACUUCAUCCGGGAGGUCAAUGCCAUGCACUCGCUUGACCACCGAAACCUCAUUCGCCUCUAUGGUGUGGUGCUCACGCCGCCCAUGAAGAUGGUGACAGAGCUGGCACCUCUGGGAUCGUUGUUGGACCGGCUGCGCAAGCACCAGGGCCACUUCCUCCUGGGUACCCUGAGCCGCUACGCUGUGCAGGUGGCUGAGGGCAUGGGCUACCUGGAGUCCAAGCGCUUUAUUCACCGUGACCUGGCCGCCCGCAAUCUGCUGUUGGCCACCCGUGACCUGGUCAAGAUCGGGGACUUCGGGCUGAUGCGAGCACUACCCCAGAAUGACGACCACUACGUCAUGCAGGAGCACCGCAAGGUGCCCUUUGCCUGGUGUGCCCCUGAGAGCCUGAAGACUCGCACCUUCUCCCAUGCCAGCGACACCUGGAUGUUUGGGGUCACGCUGUGGGAGAUGUUCACCUAUGGCCAGGAGCCCUGGAUUGGCCUCAAUGGCAGUCAGAUCCUGCAUAAGAUUGACAAGGAGGGGGAGCGUCUGCCCCGGCCCGAGGACUGCCCCCAGGACAUCUACAAUGUCAUGGUUCAGUGCUGGGCUCACAAGCCAGAGGACAGACCCACCUUUGUGGCACUGAGAGACUUCCUGCUGGAGGCCCAGCCCACUGACAUGCGGGCCCUUCAGGACUUUGAGGAAUCAGACAAGCUGCACAUCCAGAUGAACGAUGUCAUCACCGUCAUUGAGGGGAGGGCUGAGAAUUACUGGUGGCGUGGGCAGAACACACGGACGCUGUGCGUGGGGCCCUUCCCUCGCAACGUGGUAACCUCUGUGGCCGGCCUGUCAGCCCAGGACAUCAGCCAGCCCCUGCAGAACAGCUUCAUUCACACAGGGCAUGGUGACAGUGACCCCCGGCACUGCUGGGGCUUCCCUGACAGGAUCGAUGAACUGUAUCUGGGAAACCCCAUGGACCCUCCCGACCUGCUGAGUGUGGAAUUGAGCACCUCCAGACCCACCCAGCAUCUGGGCAGGGUGAAAAGGGAACCUCCACCUCGCCCUCCUCAGCCUGCCAUCUUCACUCAGAAACCAACCUACGACCCUGUGAGUGAGGACCAAGACCCCCUGUCCAGCGACUUCAAGAGGCUGGGCCUGCGGAAGCCAGGACUGCCCCGUGGGCUGUGGCUCGCGAAGCCCUCUGCCCGGGUGCCGGGCACCAAAGCGGGCCACGGGAGCAGUGAGGUCACGCUCAUCGACUUCGGUGAGGAGCCCGUGGUCCCGGCCCCACGGCCCUGUGCGCCCUCACUGGCGCAGCUGGCCAUGGAUGCCUGCUCCUUGCUGGACAAGACCCCGCCGCAGAGCCCCUCGCGGGCCCUGCCCCGGCCCCUGCAUCCCACGCCGGUGGUGGACUGGGAUGCGCGCCCGCUGCCCCCGCCUCCUGCCUACGAUGACGUGGCCCAGGAUGAGGAUGACUUUGAGGUCUGCUCCAUCAACAGCACCCUCGUGAGUGCAGGGCUCUCUGCUGGGCCCAGUCAGGGCGAGACCAAUUACGCCUUUGUGCCUGAGCCAGCGCGGCUCUUCCCUGCCCUGGAGGACAACUUGUUCCUCCCGCCUCAGGGUGGGGGCAAGCCGCCCAACUCAGCCCAGACCGCAGAGAUCUUCCAGGCGCUGCAGCAGGAGUGCAUGCGGCAGCUACAGGUCCCGGCCGGCUCUCUGGUCCCCUCGCCAAGCCCGGUGGGCGACGACAAGCCCCAGGUGCCCCCUCGUGUGCCCAUCCCCCCGAGGCCCACACGCCCACGUGGGGAGCUGUCUCCAGCCCCCUCGGGCGAGGAGGAGACGGGGCGGUGGCCUGGACCUGCCUCCCCUCCCCGGGUACCACCCCGGGAGCCCCUGUCCCCACAAGGCUCCAGGACCCCCAGCCCCUUGGUGCCACGCGGCAGCUCCCCGCUGCCACCCCGGCUCUCCAGCUCACCUGGGAAGACCAUGCCCACCACCCAGAGCUUCGCCUCAGACCCCAAGUAUGCCACACCCCAGGUGAUCCAGGCACCUGGCCCCCGGGCUGGCCCCUGCAUCUUACCCAUCGUCCGUGAUGGCAAGAAGGUCAGCAGCACCCACUACUACCUGCUGCCUGAGCGCCCACCCUACCUGGAGCGCUACCAGCGCUUCCUGCGUGAGACCCGGAGCCCCGAAGAGCCGACCCCCAUGCCUGUGCCCCUGCUGCUGCCCCCUCCCGGCAUCUCAGCUCCUGCUGCCCCCACUGCCACCGUUCGACCAAUGCCUCAGGCUGCCCCAGACCCCAAGGCUAACUUCUCCACCAACACCAGCAACUCAGGGGCCCAGCUGCCAGCCCUGAGGGCCGCUGCUCGGCUGCCGCAGAGGGGCUGCCCCGGGGACGGGCCAGAGGCUGGACGGCCAGCAGAGAAGAUCCAGAUGCUGCAGGCCAUGGUGCAUGGGGUGACCACAGAGGAGUGCCAGGCGGCCCUGCAGAGCCACAGCUGGAGCGUGCAGAGGGCUGCCCAGUAUCUGAAGGUGGAGCAGCUCUUUGGUUUGGGUCUGCGGCCACGAGGCGAGUGCCACAAAGUGCUGGAAAUGUUCGACUGGAACUUGGAGCAGGCUGGCUGCCACCUGCUGGGCUCCUGCGGCCCAGCCCACCACAAGCGCUGAGAUGUCUGGAGACCCAGAGGAUCUGCCCCGAAGGAAUCAUUUGAGCCUGUCCAUCUGACGAGGGUGGGGAGACGCCCUGCCAGGCCUGGAGGACCUGCUGCACCUGCUGCCCCCAGUGGCAGAGCGAGGCCAAGGCAGCAGGAGGCUGGGAGCCCCGCCUUGCCUGUCCCUCCCUCACCCAGCGCUGUCCCUGCAACUUCGGAGCUCUCAGUGCACCCAGCCGAGGUGCAGGAGGGAGCCUCUUGUAGGCAGGCCUGGGGGUGGCCUCAGAAGGCCCUGUGGCUGACCUGCCUCUGGCUUCAGUCCCUGGUGGGGCCUGCAGCUGAAAUGUGUUGCCAGGCCCUGCCGGCGGGGAAGCCAGGCUUGACCCCGGGCAGGGAGGAUGUGUUGGCCAUGCAGAAAGGUGGGCCAGCACCCAGGGCGUGGGGCGGGGGCCCUCCCCAGGGAGCCCCUGGCGGCAGUUGGGGUGUCGGACGGAAUGUGACUUGUGGCCUCACUAUGGACAUGUUAUGGGACUUGGCUGGUGUUAGGAUCUUGUGCCUGGAAAUAGCCUGAGGUGGCUCAGGUAGCAGAGCUAGGGUGCCAGAUCGUUCUCUGGCAGGGACCAGGGCCCAAGGCCCCAGGGUUGGAAGGAGACCAAGGGGGCAGCUGCCCUGGAGGGACACCAGUGCUUCCUCUGACCCAGCUCUUCCCCUGUGCUGUUCUUUGUUUUCCCACCAGCCUCUUGCCAAAGUUUCUGCCCCGGCUAUGAAUAUCUGCUUCUUCCAGAGAAAUAAAGUUAGUUUCUAUUUUAUGUUA